CAAACCUCUCUCCAUCCCCAAAACCUCCCUCUCCAUCCCCAGCAGGGUUUAUUUCCUCCAUAAUUCAUUUCUGAGCACCCAGCCCGUUUCUCCUGGCGUUCUUUGCACACACUGAAGGAAAUCACGCUGUUCCCUCUCUCAUUCCCGAUUUUAGGCUGAAUUUGGGGAGCCUGGCCAGGAGGGUUGUGUCCAUUUUCCAGAACGAUUGUGUCCAGCAGUACCAGGAGGUUCUGGCCCUGCACAGCAGCAGGAUGAGGAAAGUUUGUGAGAUCAAGAAGCACCUGAAGAGGAUCAGCAACCGCAUCAGUGCCUGCAGCGUGGAGAUGAUGGAGUGCCAGGACUGCCUGCAGGGUGCUCUGGACAGGCUUCUCCAGGUGGAGAAAUGGAAUUUGGCCCUGGCUCCUCCGGUGCCUUCCCCCGUCCCCCUGAGCCAGGAGAUGGCUCUGCGGAUGCAGGAGCUGCUGGAGCAGAUGAGGUCGGUCACCUGCGAUCUCCAGCUCAACAACAGCAUCAUCGAGCGGUUGGGUGGGGCUGCUCCCACCCCCAGCGUUUGAGGGACACGGUGAAGGUGCAGCUGCUGAAGCAAAACCACUUCCAACCACGGGGAAUUCGCAGGAGCCGUCGGAUUUCCGUGCCCUGGGAGCUCUCUGUGUGCUACCUCUGUGCUCCAGCACUUUGCACAUCCAUCAGCUCCCAGUGCCCUGAGCCUCUGGAAGUUUGGCCAGAAAAAUUGAGUGGGGUUUUAUCUUUUUCUUGUUAAAAAGCGCUUGAAGGACUCAGUGGUUUUAUGGUUUCUGUGUCACUGUGUCAGACGAGGAAGAAGAAGAGGCUUCACCUUUCAUCCUCUUACUUAUUUAGGAAUUUUAGGAAAUUCCUAAAUAAAUUAGGAAAUUUAGGAAAUAGGAAAAUCCCACUUUGAACGUGCUGGAGGGGGGAUGCUGGUGGCUCUGAGUGCUUGGAGCUGGGAAGACAUUCCCAACCCGUCCCUGCUUUUAUGUUUCUGGAGAAACAGGAUGGAGGAGGAGCACAUCCCUCCCACCUCGUCCCUCGGGAA